CUAAAUUCUUAGUUCAUGAACGGGGAGGAUUUCAGGAGUAAAUUAAGGGAAUUUCAUUUAAGAAGUAAAGAAUAAAGUACACAGGAUUCAAGAGUUAUUUUAGAGGAUGAAAAAAAGAUGAACAAUGCCUGUUGUGUAAAAUUAUAUUUAGAGGAUCACACAAUAGGUAUAUAAUUAUUAUUAAUGUCUAUUUAAGGUAAUUUAACUAGAAUGAAUUUAUUAAAGUAAAAGGAAGUGACAUUUUCUGGAUAUAGACAGAUUCAUCCACUUUAACAUACUAUAGAGAUUAAGGUUUAAACUAAUGGAUCUAUCAAACCAUAUGAUGCUAUAUAAAAAACACUUUAAGAUUUGAGUGAUGAAUUCAAAAAUUUAGAAGAAGAAUGGGCAAAAAAGGUUGCUGAAAAAGAGAAACAUUAAAUGAAAUUAGAAAUAUGAAUAAUAUUAUAAAUAAUAU